AACUUCUUUUUUAUUAUAGCGAAGGCAAAAAAUUGAGAAUGAGAAAAUACGAAAAAAAUUUUUAGAGGCAGAAGAGAAUACAAACAUGACACCAGAAGAAAAGAAAUUACUUCAACAAAAAUUACAAGAAGAAGCUGAUUUAGAGGUAGCUAAAGAAAUGUUAGGUGUUGGUGAGGGAGAUGAGGACUCAAUAGAUAGGAUGCAUCCUAAAACAAAAGAAGACUUUGUAUUAUUUGAACAAGCCCUUCAAAAGAAAUUACAAAGUGUUUCAAAGUCUGAGUAUUAUUCAGAAUUUAUUGAAGAACUAAUUAGGAAUUUAUCAGUUAAUUUAUCUAUGAAUGAUUUGAGAAAAUUAAAAGCUACUGUAGAUAAUAUGAAUAUAGAAAAAAUGAAAGCAGAAAAAGGAGAUAAAAAUAAAAAAAGCAAGGGAAAAGCAAAAGCAAAACUUCGUUUAGAUAAUAGUAAUGUAAGUAUUUAGCAUAUUUUAUUUUGG